UGGCUUUCAUCUCCUGUGCACACCUCCCCAGCUCCUUUGCGGACUCUUCUUUUCGAGAUAUUGUACUUUGCUAUCCCUCCUAAUCUGUCACCAUGCGUAGCGUCAUCGAAUUAGCAAUACUGGCCUUCCUCCCAUCCGUCAUCGCCUCCUCUACGACUUGCACUCUGCCCAUUCCAUCUUCGCUCUACGUAUCCGGGAUACCUUCGUGGCAGUCUCAAAACUUCUCCUGCAUAGGCUCACCACAAGCCUGGACCGCCAAACCGAGCCCAGGCAAAGGCAUAGGCGUCUUCGCGACUAGAAUACUGGAACCGGGCGACAUCAUCCUCCAAGAGCCGCCUAUCAUUCGCGUCAAUCCCCCCGAGUUUCGUGACGGUGCAGCGUAUCCGCUGAGUAGCAUUGAAACCCUCAUCCGGAAUGGAUUCGAAGCGCUUUCCGAAGACGCCCAAGCCGAAGUCAUGGCGCUUCAUGCCCACAUGACCCCGAAAGACGCCGAUAAGCUACUCCCCAUUUUUCGAAGUAAUGCAUACACCAUCGAGACGGAGGUUGGCCUCUUUCCCAAAGGAGCACGCAUCAAUCACUCUUGCCGGCCGAACUCCAGCCAGUUCUGGAACGCAAGAAUCGGAAAGCGAGUGGUAUACGCCAUACGGCGCAUUGAGGAGGGCGAAGAGAUCUUUGCAACCUACAUACCCCUUCUCCACGCCCAUGAGGUCCGCCAGAAAAGGCUCGACCAGUUUGGGUUUAAAUGCGGCUGCGAAGCAUGCGCGCAAGAGCUGGCAGCCCAGGAAGCCAGCGACAAGCGUAGGCAGGAUAUCCGGAAGGCUUUUCAUGAUUUCGAACCUCAGCUUACCCUUGCGGUACCCAAGAGCGUUGCUGGAAGAAAGAACGCGGAGAAGAAUGCAAAAGCCAGCGUGCAGCUUGCGACUCUGGUUGAAGAGGAGGGACUCGCCGACUAUUACCCUCAAGCGUACCGUAUCGCCGCCAUCAGUCAUGCGAGGAUAGAAAGGUGGGAGCCUGCCACAAUCUGGGCGCACAAAAGCUAUCAGUUGAGGGUGAUGGCGGAUUCGCAGUCGGCGGAGACGCUGGAGAUGCACGCCUUAACGGCUCGCUUCAUUUCGAGCUGGAACGACGACUUGAGGAACAAAUCUAUGCGGCAAGCCUGACCUUGAUGAUUCCGUGCUCUUACCCGGAUAACCUCGAACGACCCGGCCAUAUCGGAUGUCCGAGACCUCCGGCGUGAGCUCCGACAA